CACUCACUACCAGUCAGUUGACUCACUGUACAAGACCUCUCCCCUUCACUCUACUGCAGGGUGGGAGAUGCAACAAUGGCCUUGAGAACAGCAGGAAGUGUGUUGGUGGUCUUUCUCUGGUCUGUAGCAGUGGUACUGGGUCAGUAUGGCUGGAGUGUGACUUACACCACUCAGAGUAUCUGUGUCUUGAAGGGGUCAACAGUGGAUCUGUCCUGCUCUAUCAGAUAUCCCAGUGGUACAGUCACAUCAACCUUCUGGUUCACUAAAUGGGGGACUGGUGUAGAACCUGAAGAUCUAGGUCAGGACCCAGAGUAUGCAGGUCGUCUGGAGUAUCAUGGGGAUAAGAAGAAUGGUCACAACCUGACAAUCACAGACCUGAGAGAGAAAGACUCAGCUACGUACAAGUUCAGAUUUAUAACAGAUCAGACUGGAGGGAAAUAUACUGGUUAUCCUGGAGUCACUCUGUCUGUCACAGCUCUGCAGGUGAUGGUGACUCCACCACGGUGGGCAACGUCGAAGACACUGACCUGUAUCACCACCUGUACUCUGACUGACAACCCCACCUACAUCUGGUACAAGAACGGACAACAUCUAGAUGAGAGCACCUCCCCCCAGUACAAAGACCCAGUCUUCAGUAACUAUGACGACAGUUACUCCUGUGCUGUAAAAGGCCAUGAGGAUCUCCACUCUCCUGCAGUGUGUGUUCAGGAUCAGGACUGCAGCAGAGUAACUUACACCAAGAGGAGAAUCUGUGUCUUGAAGGGGUCAACAGUGGACAUAUCCUGUACUUAUGUUGGUUAUUAUUCCACCACAUCAACAUUCUGGUUUAGAAGUGAUAAGUCGACCCCUGAAGACCUAACCAGAGACCCAGGGUAUACAGGUCGUGUGAAGUACACUGGACCAUACAGAGGUCCCUUCAUCCUGAGAAUCACAGACCUGAGAGAGGAGGACUCAGCUGAGUAUCGCUUCACUUUUAAAACAGACUACGUUGAAUGGGGUCAUAGUUUCCCAGGAACAACUCUGUCUGUCACAGGUCUGCAGGUGAAGGUGACUCCUGCUGCAGAGGGACAGAAGACACUGACCUGUAUCACCACCUGUACUCUGACUGACAACCCCACCUACAUCUGGUACAAGAACGGACAACGUCUAGAUGAGCCCACUUCCCAGCAGUACUCUGUCAAUAGUUAUUAUUCAGACAGUUACUCCUGUACUGUAAAAGGCCAUGAGGAUCACCACUCUCCUGCAGUGUGUGUUCUGGGUGAGAGCUGUAUGAAUGUGACUUACACCCAUCAGAGUAUCUGUGCUUUGAAAGGGUCAACAGUGGACAUAUCCUGCUUUUACACACAUCCCAGUUGGCAUAAGGUCACAGAAGUAUCCUGGUUCAACAAAUGGGAGUCUGGUGUAACUAAAGACCUGAGACAGGACUCAGAGUAUGCAGAUCGUGUGGAAUACCAUCGACAAACAGAAAAGGACUCCACCCUGAGAAUCACAGACCUGAGAGAGAGUGACUCAACUGAGUACAAGUUUAGAUUUACAACUGAUAAGGCAAGAUGGGGGUACAGCUUCCAUGGAACAACUCUGACUGUCACAGGUACUCAGGUGGAGGUGACUCCUGAAUGGAGAUCAGAGUCGAAGACACUGUCCUGUAGUACCACCUGUCCUCUGAGUAACCACAACCCCACCUACAUCUGGUACAAGAACGGACAACAUCUAGAUGAGAGCACCUCCCCCCAGUACAAAGACCCAGUCUCCAGUAACUAUGAGGACAGUUACUCCUGUGCUGUAAAAGGCCAUGAGGAUCUCCACUCUCCUGCAGUGUGUGUUCAGGGUCAGAUCUGCAGCAGAGUAACUUACACCAAGAGGAGAAUCUGUGUCUUGAAGGGGUCAACAGUGGACAUAUCCUGUACUUAUGUUGGUUAUUAUUCCACCACAUCAACAUUCUGGUUUAGAAGUGAUAAGUCGACCCCUGAAGACCUAACCAGAGACCCAGGGUAUACAGGUCGUGUGAAGUACACUGGAACAUACAGAGGUCCCUCCACCCUGAGAAUCACAGACCUGAGAGAGGAGGACUCAGCUGAGUAUCGCUUCACUUUUAUAACAUACAACUUUGAAUGGGGUCAUAGUUUCCCAGGAACAACUCUGUCUGUCACAGGUCUGCAGGUGAAGGUGACUCCUGCUGCAGAGGGACAGAAGACACUGACCUGUAUCACCACCUGUCCUCUGACUGACAACCCCACCUACAUCUGGUACAAGAACGGACAGAAUGUACAAGAUAACUCCUCCCCCAUGUACUCCAUCAGCAGUGAGGAUGCAGACAGCUACUACUGUGCUGUAAAAGGCCACGAUGGUCUCAGCUCUCCUGCAGUGUAUAAACCAAAGAACACCUCAGUGUCAGUCAGUCCCUCUGGUGAAAUAGUGGAGGGCAGUUCAGUGUCUCUGACCUGCAGCAGUGAUGCCAACCCACCUGUGGACAAAUACACCUGGUACUUUCAAAAUGAGACUUUUCUAAAUGGAUUUGGACAGAUGUACAACAUAAGUAAGUUCAAGUCUAAGGACAAUGGACAUUACCACUGUGAGGCCUGGAAUGGAAGAGGAUCUAGGAACUCUACAGCUCUGAUGAUCAUUUUACCAGGGAAACAGACCUCAGUUGUGACUGCAGCUGUAGGAAUCAUAGUGGUUGUUCUGGUUCUCAUCCUCUGUCUCUCUGGACUCAUGUGGUUCAGGAAGAAGUCCUCCAUAUCCACCUCUGACACAAGAGACACAUCAGAGAAUGUACAGGGAGACUCUAGUCCAGUGUAUGAAAACGUCUCAAGCGUGGCCAUGGCCCCUACUGCAGCACAGACAGCAGCCACCGUCGACCAGGAUGAUGUUCACUAUGCCAGCGUCCACUUCUCUCGCUUCAAAAACCAGGAAGUGCCUCUGUACUCCACCGUCCAGCUGUCUCAACCCCAGAAACAGGAAGAGGAUGUCCAGUACGAUGCUGUGAAAUUCAACCUCCCCAGUGCUGCCAACCAACCCACAGCAGCACAAGCAGCUGAGGAGGACUCUUCUGAGAUCUAUAGUAGAGUCAACAAACCCAGAGGACCUGAACACAACAAACCCAGAACCCAGAAGAGCUGAACACAACAAACCCAGAACCAAGAAGACCUGAACACAACAAGUUUGACAGAAACCCUGUAUAUCUGGACCUGUCUAGUCCAACUAAGUGUUAUAAUAAUAUAUCAUGAUAUGCCAUUUAGAAAUGCUUUCAUCCAAAGUGAGUUAUUAUGUGUGGAUCCAUCUUUCAUGCCGGUGGCCCCAUUGGGAAUUGAACCCAUACACCAUGUUCUACCAACUGAGUCCCAGGACUAUUGUAUUCACACUUAGUUGCAGUGCUGAUCUAGGGUCAGUUUUGCCUUUUAAACUACGAUGAAUAAGAUGGGAAACCUUGUAAAUCAUUUGUAUGUUAAAUAUUUUUCCAGAAAUGUUUAAGUAACAUGGAACAGAAUCUGAACACAACUUUGCUUUGUAUUUCUGUAAUAGCCUCGAUGUACAGUUCUAUUUUAUAUGAAGGCUGAGAACAUUAUAAAUAUAUGUUUUAAUUUCUUCUUGAUGUUUGCUCACAGGAACAAUACUUCUAUUCUACAGUUGUCACGACUUCCACCGAGGGUGACUCCUCUCCCUGUUUGGGCGGUGCUCGGCGUCGCCGGCCUACUAGCUGGCACCGAUCCCCUUUUCCUUUUCAUUUAGUGCUGUCUAGUUUUACACACCUGUGUCUUGUUUUCUCUGAUUUAGGUGGGUAUAAUUUUCCCCGCUGCAGGUUAGGCUGCGUGCGGGAUUGUUUGCCUUAGGGAACAUGUAAGGGGUGCGUGCCUGCACCACGGGCGUUGUUUGUUUCAUUUACGGUAUGUGUUUACCGGGGACAUAUUUGCUCGUGGCUAGCGGAGUUGAGAUUUCUCCCCUGUGUGUGUCGCUGUGCUUGUAGAACCACCAAAAUAAACAGUGGAUUCUCCUUGAA